AUGGCGACGUUGGCCACGGCGUCUGCGAUGGCGACCACCUGCUUCACGCUCUUAGCGGGCGCCGGCCUCCGCCGCCGCAUCGGCCGCCUCCCCACCUCCGUCGGGGGAGGGCGCGGGGGAGGGCAGGUGCAGCAGGCGCGAGGUGCUAGAGCCGAGCGGGCAGCGCGGGCGGGCUACUUUCGCAUGAGUGCGCGACAAAACGGACACCAACGGUGGUGGCGCGAGCAUAGGGCGGCGACGGGAUGCGCGAGGGCCAACGACGCGAACAGGCAAGCAGGCGGCGGCACGAGCAUGCAACAGCAGAGCGAGCACGUGGCGGCAGAAGGAGCGCACGGGCCUGAGCAGCAGUGGCCAGUGGCAGCCGCACGCAUGAGGGUCGCCGGCUGGACGCGCGAGGGCUGGAGUGAGCAGAAGCAAGGACGCGGUCGCGAGAAACGGGACAUGCACGCGAGGGAGCAGAAGCAAGGAUGCAUACACGAGGAAGCCGCGGAUAAGAUCGAUGAGGAAGGGAAGGGAGAAGAGCAUACAUUUGAUGAGGGCUCAACUAUGGGUCGUGUUGGAGUUACUCUUGUAGAGUAA